AUGUCCUCCUCACACUCCGGACAGCCACUCGGAGAGGGACUUCAAGAGGAGGAAGAGGACGAGGAUGAAGGAGGAGUUGAGGACCAGGACGAAGAGGAAGAGGAGGACAAUGUGGACGAAGAGGACGCCAACAACAAUCCACUGGUGGAGGUCCACAGCCCGAACCACCAGCUGACGACGAACACCUUUGAGCGGACGCUAAAGAUCACGCCGUCCAUUGUCCGCCGACUGCCCAUUCGCAGCGGCGACAAGCGCUUUCCGGGGCGCAUUCGCAAGCGGGUUAUUCACAAGAAUGGCAACGUCAACCUGUCUCCGGAGCACGUGGACAAACGCCACCGUCGCUUCAUGCAGGACAUGUUCACCACCAUGGUGGACAUUCGCUGGCGGUGGAACCUGCUCGUCUUCACCAUGGGCUUCCUCAUCAGCUGGUUCAGCUUCGCCGUCGUCUGGUGGCUGAUUGCCUUCUCCCACUCGGACUUUGAGCAUCCAGGCGACCUCAGCUGGUCGCCCUGCGUCAACAACCUAAACUCAUUUGCCAGCGCCAUUCUCUUCAGCAUUGAAACGCAGCACACAAUCGGUUACGGUUCCCGAUACACCACCGAAGAGUGUCCUGAGGCGAUGUUUGUGAUGUGCCUGCAGUCCAUCACCGGGGUGAUGAUUCAGUGCUUUAUGGUGGGCUUUGUCUUCGCGAAGCUUUCCCGACCUCAGAAGCGCUCCCAGACGCUGAUGUUCAGUCGGCAUGCCGUCACCUGUCUGCGAGACGGUAAGCUCUGUCUGAUGUUCCGAGUGGGUGAUCUGCGCGACAAGUCGCACAUCAUCGGCGCGGCCAUCAGUGCCCAGUUGAUUCGUCGAAGGGUGACCGAAGAGGGCGAGGUCAUACCGUACUACCAUCAGUCGCUGUCAGUUCGAUUUGAUGAUGCUGGCACUGAUCUCUUCCUCAUCUGGCCGGCGGUGAUCAUUCACGAGAUAAACUCGGAAAGUCCCUUCUACAUGAUGAACUGCGAGGCAAUGAUGAAGGAGAAAUUUGAAAUUGUUGUCAUCCUCGAGGGCACCGUCGAGUCUACUGGCCAAUCAGUGCAAGCCCGUACAUCGUACCUUCCCGCGGAGAUCCUCUGGGGACAUCGCUUUGAGCAGCUGGUGCAGUACCGCAACGACUCGGGCGAGUUCACCGUCGACUACAGCAAGUUCAACAACACCUUCCCGGUGGACAUUGCCACGUACAGCGGCAAGGAGUUCCACGAGGACCUCCUCCACCGGGAGCGACAGAGGCAGCACCAGUACGGCACUCCGCCCACCUCUCCGCCCACCUCUCCGCCCACCACCACCGGCAAUGGCCAGCAGUACAGCACCGGCGGCAGACCGAGCAUUCCGCCGCCGCCGCCCAGCCAACUGCUCACUGAAUCGCAGCGAGAGCGCAUCAAAUUCUAUGAGCACUAA